AUGGCUCCCGUUGAGGUUCCGGGAGUCAACGUUCCUCUGCUGACUGGGCCCCUUGCAUUGGCAUACAUGUGGGAGUACGGCCUCUAUGGAGUCCUCCUCGUUCAGCUGUAUAUUUACCAUAUUACUUUCCGGAAGGACAAGAUCGGCUUCAAGAUUUUCGUGUGGUCACUGUUCCUUCUCGAGACAGUCUUCACCAUCUGCACAACCAUUGCCGCCUGGCACACAUUUGGAACUGGUUGGGGAGACCCCGACACUCUCACGACAAUUGAUGUCUCAUGGGCACCCCUCCCUGCACUGAACGGUUUCAUCGGAGCAAUGGUCCAGAGUUUCUAUGUCUAUCGAAUAUGGACGUUAACUAAAAGCGCUUGGCUUGCGCUCACCAUUGAAGCGGUUGCUCUUAUGCAAUGUACAUUGGCCUUUUAUUACGGGAUAGCUCUGUCUGUAAGAGGGCGAAGGAUUAGCGAAUCGUAUGCGUUGACGCCUAGUGUCAGCGCAUGGUUAUCUGGCAGCGCUGCAUGCGACAUUCUGAUUACAGCUUCUAUUGUCACCAUAAUCAAGACCAAAAGCAUCGAAACCGGCCUGUUAACCUCUGUGGUAGCUUUGUGUGAGCUUAUACUGUGGUUAACCAAUCGACAGUACAACUUCCAUUUCAUCGGAUUCCUUAUUCUCGGCAAACUAUAUUCGAACACUCUUCUAGCAACACUCAAUUCGCGUGCCCUCAUGUUUAGUGGACGUCAACAUGACUACGAGCAUCAAAGCACGUUUAUAGCCACGACCCCUCAUAAUAUCACGACCUAUUGGGACGAGUCGGAACCUCCAGAAACCGAUUCGAGUUCAGUAUACCGACACCAACCCGGCCCUUCAAUAUUGCAACCUUUACAAGAUCUCAAGAUCAGCCCCGUAGGAUCUGCAGACAAUCUUGACGCCAAGCCGGUUGUCGUUUCAAAUUUGUCAGAUCACUCCGAGCAGCCAAGUGCUGCAAGCACAAGUGCUGGAGCAUUUCACUGAAUGAACUCGCCCUAUUUAUUUGUCACGGUGUUCAAGUUUUGGGGUUAACGACCCAUUUUGUAUUACCGCAAAUUUAAGAGAACUGGACAUGUACUGUAUCCAUAAUGCAAUGACGUACGACGUUUAUACUUUU